CAAAAAUCAGGACUUCCAGAUUUCGAUGGACGAUGACGUAUUUGUUUAUGCCAUUGAGCAGAGCUUCCUGCUGGUAAUGAUAAUCGGGAGAUGGACACUUCCAAAAGGUCAAAUGUCACGUGACAAGCUCUCCAAUCUUCUGCUAGUUUUGAUCGGAAAAGCAAGCGACAUGACAGAUUUCUUCACUUUAUUUUCACACAAAAGCGUUGUGGAGAAUAGAACAUUCACUUUUGUGGUCCUGGUGGUGUGGAGUCUCAGCGUGUUUCAGUUCCCGAUCUCGUUCACUGAGUUUAGAGACGAGAAUAUAGUCAUCGGUAUCCAUAGAGACAGGCAGUACAUGCAAGUGAUAGUGCGAACCCUUAACAAAUGUCUCAAAACGGAAAUCUGGGGUAUUCUGGCCUCCAUUCUGAUGCAGGAGUUUCCGUUUUUAGUUUGUCGUUCGUAUGCUGUCGGUAAGUUGGGAAUCGUCGAUGACACCAUCAUAUUCUUCCUGUUUAAAAACUCGCUGAUAAUAAGCAUGUAUCUGUAUCGACUGGUGUCACUUUGUUUGGAGACGGAUCCGUACGGCGAUGUGAAAACUUUCGUUCUGGAACCAGAGACAAUAAAUGGUCCCCAAUGUGCGUCUCCAUUAGACUUGCUCGACGUAGAGGGUGGAGCAGACCAAGGACAAACUGGCAUUCGUUUGACAAAAUCGAACAAAGAUAAUACGAAGUUAAUAGAAAAGAAACUAUAUGAUAAGAAUUUGGGUGUUUUCUGCAAAUCUGGCAACUAUGAAAUAACACACAGAAAGUCCAGAGUAAGUCCAGAGAAUAUUUUAAGAGUUCAUUUCAAGAGGAGGAGCUCAUUCUAGGAAAGACAUGAUGGAGACGAUAAAUCUGAGUAAUGAUGCGUCUUCUCAAGAUCUGAAGAAUGUAUUGGAUGACAGAAUCUUUAAAACUUCUAAGGGUACACACAUUUGUUAGGGACUAAAUACCUACAUGUUUUGUCUCAAUGUUUUUGAAAUAACUCUCCAAGCUGGGGAAAAACCGAAUUGCAACCAAAAAGAAUAUGAAAAAAAUUGCAUUUAUCAUAUUUGGUGUCUUAUCCACAGAAAGUAUUUGGGCUUUUACAGAGCCAUGUAAAGGUUCACAAUACAUCAAUUAUAACGUUGAAUCCGGUUACAAACAAUUUGACUACUACUGAAAAUGCAGAAUAAUAAGCCUGACGUUUUCUUCUUUCUUUUUUCUUUUUUUUUUUUUUUAACUUGUGCCCUUCAUUAUCAAAUUACCCUUAGAAACCUAUACUACCAUCAGAAGUCUAGUUUUGUUUGUUGCAUGUAUAGGGCCAUCCAAAACAAGAAGUCCAUAAGCCACAAGGCUCACAUUGACUCUGCCGUUCUUUAGAAGAUUUUCUACCCUCUUUAUUCCCAUGAAAUCUUUUGACCUCACGUUAUGACCAUUACUAACACGGUCUUGCUGUUCUGGAGAUUUGCAAAAUUUUAUCCCCGAUUUCAGCCCCAUCCUUACCCAAUGGACUAUAUUUGAAGGGGACAAAAUUGAAACUGCAAGUUUUGAGUGUUUGCAUAUUAAUAUGACUUCGUGUGGCCUGGUUCUCUUGAGAAGAAUUUUUCAAAUCCUACAUGCAUUCUCACGUACAGGUGAAGAUAACAAAUAGUGAUCAGUCUCGUAAAUCCUAUACAGAAUAAAUAGUGAUCAGUCUCGUAAAUCCUAUACAGAAUUGGGCAACAAUAUUAAUGACCUCUGGAAACACCAGAGUUGGGAUAAGAUCCCCAGGACGAGUAAGCAUCCCCCGAUAACCUGUCACACCCACUGCAAGCUUCAAGUAAACUUUUGAACCCAUCUUUUAGCCCCAGGGUAAUGCUUUUUUAUUUAAAUAUAAAUAUGUGCUACUUUGGAAUGGUUGCAUAUGUAUAGGAUUACUCAGGGCCAGUGGUUUUUGAGAAGAUUUUUAAAGAUACCCAUGUAAAAUUUUGAUCCCCUAUUUCAGCUCUACCCUACCUCCUGGAACUAUGAUUCAAACAAACUUAAAUCUGCACUACCCGAGAAUGAUUCCAUACUAAUAUGCUUCGUUCUUGAGAUUUUCACAUUUUCUCCCAUAUAGUCCCAGGUAAAAACGAGUCUGUAUUACGGCCCAAAUCCACCCCAACGCAUCGAUUUGAAGAAACUUGAAUCUGCUCUACCUAAGGAUGCUUGCAUAUUGAUGUGACUAAUCCUGGCCCUGUUGCUCUUGAGAAUAAGAUUUUUACAGAUUUUCUUCUAUAUCAUAUAUUCUAAAGUAAAAUUUUGAUCCCCUAUUGAGACCCCCUCCUAACCCUCCCAAUGAUUUCAACAAACUUCCAUUUGCACUAUAUCAGUACGAGGAAUCUUGCAUGAUAAUAUGACUAAUCAUGGCCCUGCUAUUCUGAGGAAAGAUUUUUAAAGCACCCCUUUUAUCAACAAAAUUUUUAUCUAUCUAACAAAUAAGGACAAAUUUACUUGGUUGAUGAUUAAUGAAGACAAACCAGUAAUUGUCAAAUUGAGUGAAUAUUUAGUGCAAACUUUCAGAAAAAGAAGUGAUGCUUUAAAACUGCAAAAAUCAUUAUAGUUUAUUAUUCAUAUAUUGGUAUAAUACUGAUACUGUCCAUCUACUUGUAUAUAUACAUGAUUAGCAAUUCAUAUAUGCAUGUACUUGUUUCCCCAACAUGCUGCAUCCACACGCAGUUUGCAGUCUCUGUAACCUGUAGUUAAUGUUGUAAACUUUCUUUCUUUUUUUGAAUUUCCUUCUUUAUAAACUGUCUUACUGUUAUGCCCUCUGGGCCCAAAAUUGGAAUAAACUUAUCUUAUCUUGUCUUAUUUCCCCAUUUAAAACUUUGAUCUCUUAAUGUGGUUCCACCAUACCCAAAGGUGACAUGUGGUUUGAACAUUUUGAAUCUCUAUUCAUUAAAGGUCAACUACAGUGAAAUAAAGUUUACAGUUCAUUAAAAAACAUUUCGA